AUGGCAGUCAGACGACAUUUGCAGCGCCGACGUCGCCGUCGAAAUUCCAUUUUAAGAAGAAUGAACGACCGUUCUAAUCCACUGGAAACUCUUAAUGAAGCUGAGGUAUUUGAAAGGUACCGGUUUGUCCCAGAAACAAUUAUGUUUAUCGUUGGUCUUAUUCAAGACCAACUGCUUUAUGACAGCCAGCGGAACAACCCCCUCACACCCUUGUACCAGGUUUUGGUUGCCCUCCGGUAUUUUGCAACGGGGUCAUUUUACAUCACUCUUGGGGACACUUUGUCUGUAUCCAAGAGUACGGCAGGGAGAGCGGUGCGCAGGGUGACAGACCUUCUAUGCACACAGGUCAGACAAUUCGUUCGACUUCCUGACAGAAAUGAAUCUAUCUGCAUUAAAUCUGCCUUCCACAAAAUUGCAGGAUUCCCAAGUAUUGUUGGAUGCGUGGAUGGAACCAUGAUAAAAAUUAUUGCUCCAGCUGAAAAUGAAUCUGAUUAUCUAUGCCGUAAAGGUUACUAUGCUCUUAAUAUACAGAUGACAUGUGAUCCACAAUUUAGAGUCCUUGAUGUUGUAGCAAGGUGGCCUGGGAGUGUCCAUGAUGCUCGAAUCUUUAGGGAAUCGAGCUUGUGCAAAAUGAUGGAAGAAGGACAGCUAUCAGGGAUUCUCCUUGGGGAUUCAGGAUACGGCCUAAAACCGUAUCUCAUGACCCCUUACAUGGCAGAGGAUGCCCCUGGGAAUAGGCGAUUCAACACAGCACAUUGCAGAACAAGGUUACUCUUUAGAUUUGUCUCUUCUAUAGAGCAACAGACUUUACAAUUAACCAUUUCAAUACUAGAAAUUUCAAGUUUCAGAACCAAGCCGGAGAGAGCUUGCAGAAUUGUAACAGCAUGUACCAUCCUUCAUAACAUCGGCAUUGAGCGAAGGGAUAUUCUUCAAGAUGCCGAUGUUAUGAAUGAUGUGUGUGCCAUGGCUGAUGACCUUCAAGUGCAAGAUGAUGCUGUUGGACGCACUGUGAGGGACCAUAUCAGAGACACUUACUUCUUAUGA